AUGGCAACAACUGCUUCAGAAUACGGAAACGAACUUUCCAAGGUGCCUAUUCAACACCAAUUUAACCCAUAUUCUGAUAAUGGUGGUACAAUUCUUGGAAUUGCAGGGGAAGACUUCGCCGUUUUAGCAGGAGAUACCAGACACACGACAGAUUAUUCUAUCAAUUCAAGAUAUGAACCAAAGGUGUUCGAAUGUGAAGACAACAUUCUAAUCAGUGCGAAUGGGUUUGCAGCUGACGGUGAAGCUUUAGUGAAAAGGUUUAAAAACAGUCAAAUGUGGUAUCAUUUCAAUCACAACAAGAAGCUAACGAUAAAGAGUGCGGCCAGGAAUAUCCAACAUCUACUAUACGGAAAGAGAAUGUUCCCAUAUUAUGUUCAUACCAUUAUUGCUGGAUUAGAUGAAGAAGGUAAGGGGGCCGUAUACUCUUUCGAUCCAGUGGGCUCUUAUGAAAGGGAACAGUGCAGGGCAGGUGGCUCUGCGGCCUCCUUAAUCAUGCCAUUUUUGGAUAACCAAGUGAAUUUAAAGAACCAGUAUGAGCCUGAUUCUAAUGGUACUAAACGCAAAGAAGUUAAAUACUUAGGUGUGGAAGAAGUUAUCAAAUUAGUAAGAGAUGCGUUCACAUCUGCUACUGAGAGACAUAUCAACGUUGGUGAUGGUCUAGAGAUUUUGAUUGUCACAAAGGAUGGUGUAAGAAAAGAAUACUUCGAUUUAAAGAGAGAUUAA